AUUCAGUGUGAGGGUGAACAACACUGAUGUGUUCCAUGUGGACAGACGCUUUUGGACCUCCUUCCGUUCCCGUUUCCCGGCAACAGGCCCCAGAGAGAGAGCUUUUCACUCAGCCACCGUCAUUGGCAACUACAUGGUGGUCUAUGGAGGUAAUGUCCAUAUUCACUACCAAGAGGAGAAGUGCUAUGAUGAGGAGAUCUUCUUUUACCACCUGGGCUGUCACCAGUGGGUGUCUGCUGGGGAGAGAUGGUCACUCAGAGGCGAUGCUGUGAGAGGGCGUUACUCGCAUGUUGCUGCUGUGAUGGAGGGACAAGUGCUGCUGGUUGCGGGGUUACAGUGGUGUUGCCGUGGAGACCUGGUGGCUUACAAAGUACCACAGUUUGUCAGUAGUGAUCAAGGGACAGGGUGAGAUGCUGUUUGUGCUGAGGCGCUUGAUGAAAGUAUGUGCCUAAAAAAUCCUGAGUGCAGCUGGUGUGAAGGCCGCUGUCGAGAGUCCCAGCCCACUAAUCCGUGUGGCAGCACUGGUUGCCUGGGCCUGGCGCGUUUCCUGUCUGAUUGCCAGUCCUGUCUGGUGUUCAGUGGCACUCCAGCCUCACUUGCCCGUGCCCCUGGGGAGUUCGGUUGGUGUGUUCAGAAUGAGUCCUGCCUGCCAGUGUCAGAGCGAAGUGCGUGCCGUGUGGACCAGAUCUCAGGCGCGUACGGCUGGUGGGGGGAGCGUACCCUUUUCCUAACCUCCCUCCACUCCUGUCGCACCGAGAACUGUCCCGGACUGCACCUGCUCACCUUCCAGCACCCGCGCAACGACUCCCAGCCUGACAAGGUGUCCAUCCUCCGCAGCACCACCAUCAUCCUCAGUCCCACCACAGAAAUGGACGUAGCCUUACAGUUCAGGGGCUUCAUCCACCCGCUGUGGGGCGCCCCUCCGCCUGCACCUCCUCCCAUAGACACUGUCUCCAUGUGGGCUCGCAUUCAGAGGCUCCACUUUGAGGCCCGAACGACAGGGCCUAACUCGAGUCAACUGGAGGUGGUGGGACGUUGGGCGGCCCAGCAGGAGAAAGAGUUGAAGCUGCUGGCUCGCUCAGAUGGGAGUAGAUUGUUCUCUAACCUGACAAGAGGAAAUCAUUACCUCGUUCAGGCUGAGGGCUACCUUAACAACUCAGGCUCUGGACAGACCAGUGAGAGCCUCAUCUGGAACAGAACUCUUCCUGGAGGGAGUGAGAUCUCCUUCUUGUUUUUGGAGCCGUACCGCUCAGGUUCCUGCUCGGGGUACAUGUCAUGUCUGGCCUGUCUGUCCGAUCAGUCCUGCGGAUGGUGCCCUCUAUCACGCUGCCUACUGCGGGAGCCAGACCUGGUGCUCUGCCCUGAGGGAGAGAAGGGGGAAGGCAAUGGAGAGAGUCAACGCCAUCUGCUGUUGGCACCACAACACUGCACCUUGUGUGAAGAAUACAGAGACUGCUCUGCUUGUACCCAGGACCCUUAUUGUGAGUGGCAGAUAAACUCCAGCAAGAAAGGAGACUACCAGUGUAGCCGUCGAGGAAGACUAGAUGGUUCCAUACGUGACCCAGGAGGGUGUCCUAAAGUCUGCAACCAGAGAAAGACUUGUGGUGAGUGCCUUUCUAACUCCAGCCAGUGUGCAUGGUGUGAGUCUGCCCAGGCCUGCUUCUAUUUCGCUGCCUACCUCACAAAAUACCCCUACGGAGAGUGCAGGGACUGGUACGACAGUGUUCAUUCGGUUCCCCAGUGUAAGCAAUGUUCAGCUCUAAGCACGUGCACAGACUGCCUGCGGACGUUCCAGUGUGGCUGGUGCGGUGAUUAUAACAACCCCACUAUUGGAAAAUGUUUGAGGGGAGACUGGGCAGGAAUGGACGACUCGUUGGUUUAUAACUGUAGUGUUGCUGUUGCUGAAGCUCGGGCUGCAAACCCUGAGCCCCAGACCUCGGCCCCGCCUCGACCCCUGGACAUGGAGAUGGAGCUGGAGCACUUGGAAGACGAGGAGCAAGACGCCAUCUGGUCCUACCCCACCUGCCCUGAUGUAGAGGAAUGCAGGCUGGGCCUCCACAACUGUCACCCCUACGCCACCUGUAUCAACACUCCCACCUCCUAUGAGUGCCACUGCGAGAGAGGAUACACGGGGGAUGGCACUCUGCACUGUAACCAGACGUGCUACAAUGAGUGUCGUGAGGGCCAGUGCAGUGGUAGCCCACGGUUUGAGUGUGAAUGCUCACUGGGGUGGACAUCUGACCCUGCUACUCUGGUUCUCAGUGGUGUUGAGUGUGAUGUGGAUUGCGGAUGCAACUUCCAUUCCACCUGCAUUACAGCACCAGGGAUCUGUGACGAAUGCCAGGAUUGGACUACAGGCCCCCACUGUGAGCACUGCAGGCCCGGUAGCUUUGGUUUAGCCCUGUCUGGUGGAGGGGGGUGUGUGCAGUGUGAGUGUAACGGCCACGGCGACCCUCUACGAGGAUACUGUCACAACCUUACAGGCCAGUGCUACUGUACCCACAAUACUCAUGGACCACACUGCGAGUCUUGCCUGCCUGGCUACUAUGGAGACCCUAGGAACAAUGGCACAUGUUACCGGCAGUGUCAGGGCCGUUCGGUACUGCUCUCCUCCACCUCUACCAAUGCCAUUCCUCUGUCCUCUUCUCUGGGAUGGCGAAGUGGCACAGAAGGUAAAGGAGGACUUUCUCAUUGCCUGUGGGUCCUCUCUGUGACUGAGAACCUGGCACCUUGUCUGCCCAGACAACUGUGUCCCCCGAUAGCUCUCACACUACAUCCAGACUCCCACACCCAUUGUAAAAGCUCCUAUGUCUAUGUGUUUGAUGGCCUUCCUCGUUUCCUCAGCAACGGCGUUGUACAUUCCGAUCACAACCUGAUUGGGGCAUUUUGUGGCACCACAAGGACUCAGCCUAUCACUGUAGAGGCCACCUCAGGUGUGAUCUCAGUUUACUUUGAGGCCAACGUCACCUCAAACAAACCUCAGGGCUUCAAUGCAUCUUUCUGGGUGCGGCGUUGUCACCACAGCUCAGAUGACGGUGAAGACGGAUCACCUGUGUGUCCAGGUGGAGCCCAGUGCCAAGGCGGCCUCUGUCAGUGUCCUCAGGGAUAUGCUGGACCGCACUGCGACCGGCCCAUGUGUCCUCAGGAUUGUGGAAUAGCAGAAGGGAGAGGGGCAUGUAAUACAUCUCUGGGAGUGUGUGUGUGCACAGACAGCUGGGCCGGCUCGGACUGCUCUGUUCCUCGGGACUCCAACAGCUUGGUAUGGGAAACACUUCUGGACACGCAACUGACCGUGAACCAGGCCCACAGGUUCCUCCACAGGAUGGGCCACACUCUGGUGUCUGGACCACAGGGCUACCUAUGGAUGUACGGAGGGCUCUCUCUGGCAGAGGGCAUUCUGGGAAAUGUCUACAGAUAUUCUGUGUCAGAGCACCGAUGGACGCAGAUGUUGACAAGCUCUGUGGAAGAAGGCUCCACUCCAGGACCUCGCUAUCACCAUGCCUCUGCAAUGCUGACUAGUCAUGAAUCUGGCUCAGGAAGCAUCUUAGCCAGUCACAACUUCAUGUUGGUGGUGGGUGGUGUGACUCAAAAUGGUGUUGCCAUGGAUACGUGGAGUCUCAAUCUCAGCAGUUUAGUGUGGAGAGAACACAAGAGCGCACUUCUUCCACCUAUGGCUGGCCACACUUUAACUGUACGCAGAGACUCCUCUGUGCUGCUGAUUGGAGGUUACUCUCCAGAGAACGGCUUCAACCACCACCUUCUGGAGUUCAGCCCUCAUUCUGGAAACUGGACCAUAGCCCCCCAUACUGGCACACCCCCUACAGGUUUGUAUGGCCACUCAGCAGUGUACCAUGAGCAGACUGAUGCCAUCUAUGUCUUUGGAGGCUACCGCUUUCAUGUAGAGACUGUGGAGCCCUCAGGAGAGCUGUACAGUCUGUACUACCCCAACCUUACCUGGUCUCUGCUGGUCCCCUCACGGGGAAACAAGCCCCUGUCCCGUUUCUUCCACGCUGCAGCGCUGAUCAAAGACACCAUGGUCAUUGUUGGGGGAAGGACAGAAGCCGAAGACUACAGUAACUCAGUGUCUCUGUACCAAAUCAACUGUAACACCUGGAUACAACCAGCCUCAGCGAUAGGAGAUCCAGUAAAUCGUUCUUUGUCUCUUGCCAUGACGAGCUGGGGGGGUCGUCUCUUUCUGUCAGGAGGCUUCAAUGGCGUCACGCUGGGCAGACUCCUAACCCUGACUGUUCCCUCUGACCCCUGUGCCCUCAUGCAAACACCGGAGGCCUGCAACGCCACUACAGGCAGCUGCCUCUGGUGCAGGGGAACCUGUGCAUCUUCUGAUACUGCUGAGAGAAUGGGCUGUUUCACUGGCCAGUUUCCUUGCUCUCCGACCCCUCGUCAGCCAGACCAGUGUCGCAGACUUAAGACCUGCAGUGAAUGCCUCGCCAGACACCCUAAAACAUUCUCCAAUCCAACUCAGCCUGCUCUACAGUGUAAGUGGUGCACAAAUUGUCCAGAAGGGGCCUGCAUCAGCAGCUCUGUCAGCUGUACGUCUGAACAUGACUGCCGGAUCAACCAGAGAGAGAUCUUCCUGUCCAGCAACUGCACUGAGACCAGCUGCGAGGCUUCUGACUGCCCUAAGUGUACAGCAUCUGGAAAAUGCAUGUGGACUCGCCAAUUCAAACGCACAGGUGAAACAAGGCGCAUACUGAGUGUGAACCCCACCUAUGACUGGACAUGUUUCAGCUACGCCCUGCUCAACGUCUCCCCCAUGCAGGUGGAGUCUUCCCCCCCAAUGCCAUGCCCUCCACCCUGCCACAGUCUCCAUAACUGCAGCCUCUGUCUGGGCUCGCGAGGCUCUGAUGGGGGCUGGCAGCACUGUGUGUGGAGCAUGGCUUUGCAGCAGUGCAUGAGCCCCUCUUUCAUGCCCCUGCGAUGUGAGGCGGGUCAGUGUGGCCGCCUGCUCUCUGGGGGGGACUCCUGCUCCCCCCAGUGCUCUCAGCUCAGCCAGUGCUCCCAGUGCAUUGCAAGGCCUCAGUGUGGUUGGUGUGCUUCUCGUGGAGGAAAUGGGGCUGGUCGCUGUCUGCAGGGAGGACUUGAUGGUGUGAGUGAGGGUGUUUGCCCACUGAGAAACAGCAGCUGGUCCUUCCUCCACUGUCCAGAAGAAGAUGAAUGUGCCAACGGUCAUCACCACUGCAACAUCACACAGGACUGCCACGACCUGCCCCAGGGAUACCACUGCACCUGCAAACAUGGUUACAUACUUAGCAGUGUUUCUGGUCAGUGUGAGCCAGUGUGUGCACAAGGCUGUGUGAACGGGACGUGUGUGUCCCCAGGAGUUUGCCAGUGUCACUUUGGAUUUGUCGGGGAGAAUUGCUCCUCCCAGUGCAGUUGCAACAAACACAGCAACUGUGCCGGUGUUAGCGAACCAGAUGUUUGCCUGGAGUGCCACAAUAACACCAUUGGUAAACACUGUGAGAAGUGUAAGCCGCUAUUUGUGGGCUCUGCAAAGGGGGGUGGUACUUGCCGUCCAUGCCGGGAGUUUUGCAGAGGAAACAGUGGCGUGUGUUUAUCUCGAGAUGAACAUAAGAAGGCCCUUGAGAACCCACGGCUCUUCCCCCUGGAUACAAACAGUAUUCAGGACUGGGUGUCUGAGGGUCCCACAGAAGAGAACGCUGUUUGUGUGAACUGCCAGAACAACAGCGUGGGGGACAAGUGUGAGAGCUGCCUCAGUGGCUACUUCCUGCUGCAGGGGAAAUGUGACAAGUGUCAGUGUAAUGGCCAUGCAGACACAUGUAACGAACAUGAUGGUACAGGUUGCCCUUGUCAAAACAACACAGAGACCUCUUCCUGUCUCAGCAGCCCCCAGAGCGACAGGAAAGACUGUUACAGACAACAGUGUGCAAAGUGUAAGGACUCCUUUAAUGGCACACCUGUUAAUGGGCGUCAGUGCUACCGUCAGUUCAACGUAGACUCUGAGUGCUGCUUUGACCCAACGUCCCAGACCAACUGCUUCCAUGAUCCCACCAUUCGUAACCUUCCCAAGGGGCGCACUGUCUUUUUUGCCGCCCAGCCAAAGUUCACCAAUGUGGACAUUCGGGUUACCAUUGAUGUUACCUUUGGUGAAGUGGAGGUGUAUGUGUCCAACUCUCAUGACACCUUCAUUGUGGAUGUAGACCGCUUCUCAGGGAUUCACACCAUCAAGAUCGAGGAGGAAUCAGCAACCCGAGGGACAACGACUGGCACAGAGAAGGAUUCAGCCCCGUCCCCUAUAAAGGUGUUUUCCAAUUCUUCAUCCAGUCUCGGAGGUCCUGUGCUUUCCCACAAUCCACUGCAGCUGCAAGCAAAGGCUCCGGGGGCAGAGAGAGAAAUAAGAGAGGAGCGGGCAGAAGGACUUAUCACCUACAUCACUGUAUGGAAACCACAGACAGUGCUGAUUGUUCGAGCCGUUCGAGAUCGUGUGGUCAUCACUUUCCCCCAUGAGGUGCACUCCCUCAAAUCCAGCCGCUUUUACAUCGCUCUGAGAGGCGUGGGGACAAACCUGCAACAAGGAGAGUCCCAGGGUCUGCUGUUUCUGCGACAGGACCAAGCCCACAUCGACCUGUUUGUCUUCUUCUCUGUAUUCUUUUCCUGCUUUUCUUUCUUGUCCGUCUGCGUUCUCCUGUGGAAGGUUAAGCAGUUCCUGGACUUCCGUCGGGAGCAGCGCCGCCACAUCCAGGAGAUGACCAAGAUGGCGUCAAGGCCCUUUGCUAAACUCACCAUUUACCUUGAGCCGGAGGAGCCUCAGCUCAUCUACCUGCCUUCAGCUGGGGGAGUUGUGGGGGGCAGCACUGUGUCACUUGCUCAUGCCCGCACGAGCAAGUUAGGAGGAGUGGUGGUGGGCCAGAGGGGCAGGGCAGGAGCCGUCUCCUAUAAACACGACCCAGGAUCAGGACCCACAGCCCACCACCACCACCACCUCGCCCUGGGUGGAGGGGGCAAUGGCGGCCAGCACCUGCCUCUGCACUACCUGAACACCCACCACUAUGCUAGCACCACAGCUGGAACCCAAGGCUCACACCAUCAUCACCCAUCCACAUACAGUGGCUACCAGCACUUUUGCCGGUCCGACCCCUUCCUCUCUCAGCUCAUGGGCUUUUCCUACUCCACCUUUAAGGUUGGGCCCAUCACUCUGGAACCCACAGACGAUGGCAUGGCCGGGGUGGCCACUGUCCUCUUCCAGUUACCCGGGGGUGUCUUGGCUCCAAAUCGGGCCUGCCUGGGCUCCGCUUUGGUGACACUGCGCCAGAACCUGCAAGAGUACUGUGGCCAUGGCAGUGGAGGAGGGCACCAAGGGGCGGGUGGAGGGCGCAAGGGGCUGCUAGGGAACCAACACCUGACCACUAUGGCUAUGUAGGAAAGCAAAGAUAUAAAUUUUAAAAGAAAGCAGGGAUAAGAGGUGAAACGAUGGGAUAAGCCUGUAAAAUAUUUGAUAUAUUAUAAAUUAAUUUUUCAAAAGAAUAAGGCAGAGACAAAGUCAAAAAUAAAGAAUUAUGAAAGAGUCAGUUAACGUGAGCAUUUUGAACAGAGUUGUACAUACACUGUGUAAUGAAUAAUUAAGUGUCUUUUAUUGUAUUAUGUAUUGCUUUACUGUAUUUCAGUGCGUCACAUGACCAAGCCAACUGUCUCUAGAAUGCACUACAACUGCUAUACGUAUCAACGAAGCAAUGUUUCGACCCGUCUGUGAUCACUAAAGAGGUAUGAGCACACAAACAAUGAAGCUGGACUGUUGUUAAAAAUCUUCUCAUUGACCAACAGAAGCAUCUGCUCUCUUUAGAACCAACAUGUGCUUUAUACCCCCAAAAGUGACAAUCAAAAUUGCCGUUAAGAACAAAAGACUUCAUAAAGGUGUAAGAUUUUGAUUGUCAGCUCUGCGCAGGAAAGUUAAUGUUUUUUUUAAUCAUAAUCAAUAUGAGUGAUUUAUAAUUGUAACGCAGUGUAUGGCAGGCUUCUAAGCUACAUGUUUUUGUUAAACUGACUCAUUCACCUGCUCUGUUACAUCGUAUUUGUCAUUCUGCUCAUCUGCCUUCACUUCUUGCCUUGUCUGUGAGUCAAUGGGCUUACACUGAAAUCUUGUCUUGAUGGAAAUGUGUGGUGCGGCUCCUGGGGAACACUAAAGCUAAUGUUACAUUUUCGGUCAUGAAUAGAUUUUAUAAAAAAGAAAAAAUGAAGGAUUUUCAAUAUCAAUCUUUAGUUCUUGACCCUGUUACAUUGUGAAACACUACAGAACUUGUCCGUAAAAAUGAAAGAAUUGUCUGUCCUUUUGAAACAUUUCAUCACAUUUUGUUACGCUGGUGUUUGGCUAGUUUUGCUGGACUGCUAUUUUCAGGCAACGUGUCUGCAUAGAUGAUUGUAUUCAGCCAUGUAGUCAUAGCUACAAUUUGAGCAAGAUAAAAUUGGAUGUGGAAAAAAAUACAGUAGAAAAAAAAGUUGCAUUUGAAAGUUCUCCUGGUGAGAGAUUUGGGAAGACUGGUCAGCAUUCAUUUUUGUGAAGAGCCUGAAUAAUUUAUUCACUGGUUGGUGUCAAUGUUAGUUUUUUUUUUUGUUUUAUCUUUUUGCACUGCAUGGAGGCAAUGAGCCCCAUUAUUCAUGUGAAACACUAAGAGGGGAAGUCGUCCAGCCUUUGGAGGCACAGUGUGUCAUGGAUGAACUCAGAAUGGUGAUACUGGCUUCUUAUCAAAUUAACAAAACACUAUUUCGUGAGCUGCAUACAGUAAAAUUAAGUACAAGUAAAGCUCAAAUAAAUACUGUCACUAUUUAUAGCAGCCAUCCAUACAUAAGCAUUAAAACCGUUUCCUUUCUUGUAUCUUUUUCUAUGUUUUUUUUGUUACCAUACUUUAUUUUUGUACAUAACUGUUGUGUUUUUUUUUCUUGUUUUCAAAGAAGGGAACAGUGUUGAACAGAAGAUUGCGUCAAGAUUGUCUUGCCUGUGUCAGCUGAAAUAAAGUCUGUGGAACAUGA